AUGAAGACAUCAAGCAGUGGUAGCAAUAAGAUGAUCUUUGUGCCGAAACCGACCUCUCAAACUGAUCGGAAUCAACAAUUCGAAGAAGAACAAACCAUACAGGUUGAUAGCCGGGAUGUUGUUAAAUUAAUGAUGCAAUUUUGUAUGGAAAAUAAUUUGGUAGAAACUUUUAAAGCAUUAAGCCAUGAAACAGGCAUUUCAUGUAAUACCAUGUUGCCUCAUGCCCGAAGAAAAUUGAUUUCAUUUAUUGAGAAGGGCAUGUGGUCCCAAGUAUUAGAAAUUUUACAGCAACCAUAUUUAACCUUUUCCAAAUCGUUAUUAUUUAAAUUAUACGAACAAAUUAUUUUGGAGUUGGUCGAAUUGAAUGAAGAAGAAGUGGCAAGAUAUUUAUUUGCAAAUGUGAAAAUUAUUUCUCAUGAACUGAGGGUGGAAGAACCAUCUAGAUAUAAGAAAUUGGAGCAUGUCCUUUCUACAGCAAAACAUUUUGAUCCAUUGAUUGCAUAUGAUGGAAAAAAGAAAGAAGAUAUCCGAAUGGAAAUAUCUUCCUUGUUUCAACAAGAAAUUGCGGAUGUACCAGCCAGUUCUUUGUUAAACAUUAUUGGAAAUGCAAUAGAAUUUCAACGGGUACGACAAGGAGAUGACUUUGAUCCAAAUACAUUUGCAUUGUUGGAUCAUACCAUCAAGAAAAUCAAAAAGUCAACAAAGGCCGUUAAAAAAGAAGAAGACUUACAAGUUACAGAAGAAGCUGCUGGAAAUGAAUUAAUUUUGCUUGAAAAACCCUACAAAAUAAUCAAAUUUGGCAAGACGACCAAAGUCAACUGUUGCCAUUUUAUCACAGACUAUUUCAUUGUUGGAACUACUGAUGGAUUUGUUGAAGUUUAUGACUAUUCGACAGGAAAGUUGAAUAAGGAGCUUGCAUUUCAAGCCAGUAAUGACCUCAUUGUUCAUGAAGACUCAAUCACAUGUCUCAACCCCAAGUUACAACCCUCUGGAAUUUUACUGGCAUCUGCAUCGUUGGACAAGAGCAUUCGAUUGUGGAACAUGUUGACAGGAAAGUGUUUAUUGAAAAUUCCAACUGCUACGGCUGCCACUUGCAUUUAUUUCUCAGAUUUUGAUAAUACAAUCAUCUCUGGUUAUCCGAAUGGCUCCAUUAAGGUACAUGGACUUACUUCUGGAGGUGUGGAAUUGAAAGAUCUUGGCGGGCAUACUUCAUUUAUUAACUCAAUUCUUCAAAUUAGCAGUGAAAAGAUGCUGUCUUGCAGUAGUGAUGGAUCCAUUCGGCUGUGGAAUUUAAAAUCUCAAGUUUGUGAUAGAGUUUACACCAUUCAAUCCUUGAAACGAAGUUUGGACGAGGAAUCGAGCCACACCAAUGUAGACCUUCCCAUUCAUAGCAUUACAUUGUAUCCAAAUUCUUCUAAUCAUUUGAUUGUAUGCUAUCAAUCUCAUUACUUGAUUGUGAUGGAUUUAAAGUCUGGAAAGGAAACCUUUAGAUUUGUGGCACCAAAGGAAGAGGAUUCAUUUGUGAGCAUCAUGAUGCAUGGUAACUAUUUGUAUGCUGUGAGUGUGACCAACAAGUGUUGCAUCUUUCAAAUACCAGCACAACCCUCUGAAACCAUUGAAGAAGUGACUGCGAUACGAGUGGACUCUGUUCCACACAAGAAACCUGUGAGUGGUAUUUUAAAGCAUUCCUCUGAACCAAUUAUUGCCACCUAUUCUCCUGAUGUUGUGUGUUUGUGGAAAUGA